CCCCACUGCAACUAAAAUUGCAUACCUACCUACAGCUACCUAUUAGGUUACCAUGUAUGUACCGUAAUUCGUACAAGCAAUUCAGCUCCCAGUGCACUGGGUCCGUUUUCAGUUGCCUGAGUUUUAACUCGGCCCGUUUUGUAUUGUACAUAUUAUCGUCAACCCCGUCGCAUUCUAUCGCAUUCUAUGUACCGCGUCCCGAGGCUACCGAGGCUCGUCUCUUGUUGCAUACUAGCUACCUACCUAUCUAGGUACAUACCUAGGCUGUCUACUUUAUUCUACUUUACGUCCAUACAUACACUACCCACCAGGUCCUGACACGGUAGACUUUGCGCCAACCUAAGACAACGCAAACCUAAUAUACUACUAGCAAACGGAGACGAGACGAGUCCCCUAGGAAAACUCUAAACGAAACCCACAAUACAGAAUAGAAUUUGACUCUAAAGUGACGAUACGCAAACCGCCGUUGCCAUUUCUACUUGCCCACAUAGAGGUAUGUCUAUCUUGAGUUUAGUUAACGACCGGAGCCAUACUCGGACGUUAUAUAUAUCAUCAGUCAUGGCGGAUAGCAAGCCUGAAAGCCCUCGGCCUCGGGAGCCUCAGGAGCCUCACAACAGCCCUCGCAGCUCCAAGCUGCCGCGUCUGGGACAGAGGCGCCAUCAAGAUCAAACUCAAGCAGCAGAUUCUGAUUCUAAGCUAGGUUACGAGAGGAAUAACCCAACAAUCGGUCCUACGCACGAUAUUAAAUCCGUAUACAGCAAAGAGCGGAAACCUAGAAGAGUUUCUGGUUCAUCGAGUAUUCCGAUCCACGACUGUCUUAACUUCCCCAGUCCUCGUACUCCACCUCGCACGAACAAGACUGCAACCGGCAGAACCCACACAUCCCGUGUAACCAGCGACAGUACCCCUCACCCAUCUUCUUUAGGCAAUUCAAGCUCUUCAUAUAAGGAUUCACUCAGUGCCGCUCGAGCUGUUUUGCCUGGUCCAAGUCCUACCAUAUCUCAUAUUCCCAGGGCCCUUGCUUUUCAGGCGAGCCCUCCACACCAGGUCUCGAGACGUAAAGAUCCCAAAGUGGGAGAUAUUCCCCAGAUGGACAACACCCCGAAGGGGAAGGGAGAAAAGCCUACCAACGGGAGAACCAAUACGAAGGACGCCCCGGGAUCCGAGCCGACCAGGCUGGAGCCUCAGAAACUAAACAGCGAAGACGAGGCGCAACCCGACAAUAGGGACGAGUCUAGGGAGAAAUACGGCUCUUCGGGUCUUGAUAGGAGUAUUUAUUCCACGGAAGAAGGCUACGAAACCCCAGCCAAUGGGCUAGAAACUACUGAUGAAGAUAAGACAGACGGAGCCAGUUACGCUUCUACCCUUAAAUUUGGGUUGAACGGACAAGGCACAGACAUUGUACCAUAUGGGCGCGGUCUUAACUCGCAAGAUGACGAUGAUUCGUGUCCUGAGCUGGAUGAUCUAACGAUGGACGAGAUGUAUCCGUCUCCAAGGCCAAGUGCCAACGGAGGGAUCCGAUGGGCUCCGUGGAACGUUCCAUGGAAACGCAGAAUGCAGACAUUUGUUGUGCUCAUGCACUGCAUGAGUAUCGCCAUAACGGUUUCCAUCUUCUUCGCGCUGUGUGGUAAUCCUUUUGCUUGGCCAUUGCUGCUUGUAUACCUUCUACAUGUGUUGAGCUCGAAGGCUGCUACGGAUGGAUCGUUGAGAUACCGAUCCGAAUGGUUCCGCAAAAGCUACAUGUGGCAUCUCUUCGCGAGCUACUUCCCAGCCAAACUUCAUAAAACUUGCGAUCUGCCGCCCACUCGGAAGUACAUCUUCGGCUACCACCCGCAUGGUAUUAUCUCCCAUGGCGCGAUGGCGGCUUUUGGCACCGAGGCUUUGGGCUUCUCUAAGAAAUUUCCCGGCAUCACAAAUAGUGUUCUAACAUUGGACUCGAACUUCCGUAUUCCACUGUAUCGCGAAUAUAUACUAGCCUUAGGGUUACGAUCCGUUUCGAAGGAAUCUAUUGUCAAUAUCCUGACAAAAGGCGGACCGAAUGGAGAGGGCAUGGGCCGCGCCGUCACCAUUGUUAUCGGUGGCGCUCGAGAGUCUCUCGAAGCGCAACCAGGUCAGAUGCGUUUGAUCCUGAAGGAGCGCAAGGGCUUCGUCAGGAUUGCUGUUAGGACCGGCGCGGACCUGGUGCCCGUACUCGCAUUUGGGGAAAACAACUUGUACGACCAACUGCAUCCUAAGGAGCACCCAUUCGUACACAAACUGCAGAUGUUUGUCCUAAAAGUGUGGAAAUUCACCUUACCAUUCUUACACGGACGAGGUAUUUUCAAUUAUGAUGUAGGCUUGAUGCCGUACCGCCGCCCGUUGAACGUGGUGGUCGGAGCUCCGAUCAAAGUUACGCAGUCGGCCGUUGUGGACCAGGCGGAGAUCGAUCGACUACAUGAUCUGUACAUCACUGAGCUAGAGAAGCUGUGGGACCAAUACAAGGAGAGGUUUGCCCCCGAAAGGAAGGAAGAGAUGCAAAUAUUAUCCUAGAACAGUCUCACUAUACUUUCAUACGACUUUCCUUUUUCUUCAUGUUCCCUUUGUAUUACAUGUAGGUAGUUAUGGGUAAACAUAGGCGCAUAGGUCUACUCGUCGAGUAAAAUUCAGGAAGGUGGGAGAAGGAUAAUCAUCAUUGCUUUCAGGAGACUUGCUUUCGGUUCGGUGUACGAAGCAAGUGGUUUAUGUGUUAUUCUAACUAUUAGAUCACCUAAAAUAAUAGGGUUGUCUAGUUCCUCACAAUAUGAAGGGACUAACAAUAGUAGACCAGGGUUUUUAUAUUUGUUUAAGUUAGGUAUUCUGCGCCGUAUUGACUACGCUAAGACCAUACAAUUUCAAAUAAAAUAGUUUAUAUACCAAUAGAAGAUGUUUGUAUCAUACGAACAUUCGUUGGAUUCUAUGUAUGACAAAGUGUGACAAUGGCACGUAAGGGCGUCUCGAGGUUGCGCCGGAAGUCAUCGACGUACGCAAACCAGACAGUCACAAUUUCAAGUUGGAGAUCAAUUACCUUAUUUUCCCAGAAUAUCAUGGGGGUGCAUGAGCAUCGCGAUGUUCAUAGUCUAAAUGUAGUCAAAUAGUC